AUGAACGAUUCGUCAUUGUGCCCAAUGGAUGGCUAUCCAACAAAUGCCGUUGCGGUUUCGAUUUGGAUUAAACGAUCAACGAAAGUUGAUGAGAGCGAUAUUUACCGUAUUGGUGGUAUGGAUUUAUUGCAAGAAGGAUUUGAAGCUGAUCAGUAUCCAAAUAAUGCUUUCGUUGUCCUCUCGGCUGGUACACCACCACGUUUUUGUGUUUGUGCGAUUCAAUGUGAAUGUAAUUUAGGUGUGGUUUUCUAUCAGACCAAUAGCAGCGUACCACCACCUGGUUAUAAGAAUAUUGAUGAUAAAGAGCAAGCGUUAUAUUGCGUCAAUAAUGAAGGUGAUUGUGGAGCUGAUGUACCGAUCUAUAUGCACAAGCACAAAAGUAGCUCAAAAUUAGUAAUGAAUGAUAUUCCAAUUGAAGCAUAUGCUUAUGCAAUAAAUAAGAAUGUGACAAUAUCUGGAUAUGAACGAAAUGCAAAAGCGUUGUGUUAUGGAUGGAGCAUUGAUAAAAACAAAAACUAUAUCAAAAGUGCUGAUGAAGCAGAAUCGAAUAAGUCAUUAAUGAAGCAAUUCAAACAACAAAAGCAGCAAACGAAUAGUGGAAACGGUUGCACACCCGUUUCAAAAAUACUAAAUGGCCGAGUAAAACUUUAUCUCAUCUCAUUUUUUUUUCACUCGAUAGUAUAUCAACCAGUCAGCAGUAUGAAAUUUCCGCUUUAUACAGUGAUUACGGUGCAAUGCAACGACGGUUUCAUGCUUGUUGGUUCUGGAAUGCUCACAUGUACUCCAAUGGGCUGGUAUCCAGAAAGCCUAAUUGGUGGUUGUGUUGAGCGAAAUGGAGGUUCUCCAACCGAGAAGAAUAUUUGUUCGGCAUUCCCCGCUCCCGCACAUGGUCGAAUCCGAUACAGUACAGAAGGGUCAGCAAUGAACGGAAUUUAUCCGACUGGUACAAUUGCGAUUCUUCAGUGUAACGCUGGUUUCUAUCCCACGUUUGGAUUCGAUAAUUUAGAAUCGAAAUGCGUUAACGGGGUAUGGUCGAUAUCCAUGCUCGAUGCCUUUAUUCCAUUCGAAAAAUCGCUCACUUUCCAGGUUGAAUAUGUUUUCAAUGAGAAAACAAAUCAAAACCAAAGAAUCUCGGCUGGACAAAUUGGGAUGAUAACGAUUGGUACGUAUGCAAAAUUAACUUGUGUAAGUGGAUAUGAGGUAACUGGAAGCGAUACAGUGAUAUGUACACCUGACGGAUGGAUGCCGUCUCAAACAUUAGGCACUUGUCAAUUGCUUGGUAUUAACACCAUCAGUGUUUCACAGUGUAUAACUGGAAUGCCUUUUGUUCUCGGUGGUCAAGUCAGUUAUUCACAAGGCGGUAUUUUCGGACCUUAUCCAUUCGGAACAAUAGCUACACUCAACUGUGAUCCUGGUCUCGGGAUAAAUGGUAAACUGAAUUCGAUAAGUUGUAAAAAAGCAAAAUCUUGGUCUACCAAACGACGAAUUUUGGCAAUCAUAUUGUCUGUUUUUCUCCGCCCAAGGACUGCAACAUGCACUGGUCAAACGUGGAAUCCACCAUCGUUUGGCACAUGUAAUAUAGGUGAAGUAACCACAAGUGCAUUGAAAACACAAUGCAUUUUUGGACUAGUCCCUCCAAUUGGAGGUAGCAUCUCGUACAGCUCAGCUUCUCCGUUAGGACCGUAUCCUACUGAUACCAUAGCAACUUUGCGAUGUUCUUCCGGUUUAGCGAAAGGUGCAAGUAUAUCUCGUUGUGUUAACGGUCAGUGGGAACCGAAUACUCUUGGUGAAUGUCCCACAGGUUACGUUGGUGGUUCGAACAAUGGACAGUGUGUAACUGGUGCACCAAAUGUAGCAUAUGGUCAAAUAAGCUAUUCAAAUAACGCAAUUUUCGGGCCAUUUCCACCGGGCACAGUUGGCACAUUGAAAUGUAAUCCUGGUUUCAGAGGAACGAUAGGAUUUGGCUCUACAACAACCAUCUGUAGUAAUGGUGAUUGGAUACCGCCAUUAGCACAAUGUGAAUUACUGUCAUCGACAACAAUAUCAGAUUCAUGCCUAACUGGUGUGUUUCCACCGUUCAAUGGACGUGUGAUUUAUUCGAAUGACAGACUAACUGGGCCAUAUCCGUCUGGUACUACUGUCACAGUCCGUUGCAAUCCAGGAUUUACUGCUUCUGGAACAACAACAGCCACAUGUCUCGAUGGGCAAUUCACUCCAUCUUUAAUUGCACAAUGCUCACAAGAUGGUGACGGCGGAUUAUCAACAGCUCAAUGUGUCACAUUGUUUCCACCAUUAAAUGGUCAAAUCUCGUAUAUGAAUCGACGAACUGCAUCGCUUAAUGAAUUCGGAACCGUCGCUACAGUCACAUGCAAUCUCGGGUUUACGGUCAGUGGUGGUGCGACGAGAACAACGUGCAUUAAUGGACAGUGGAAUCCUCCAGUACUUGGAACAUGUCAAAGUGGUCUUGGUGGAAAUACGAUUAGUCCACUUGGUGGGACAACAGCCAUAUCCCGAGACUGUCUAUUCGCGUUACCUGCCGUUUUGAACGGAAAUAUACAAUAUUCGACGGGAACUUCAAUUGGCCCAUUUGUCAGUAGUAGCACAGCAACACUAACAUGCAGUUUCGGUUCAGUGCCUCUGGGACCUAUGACAUCAACUUGUGCAAAUGGCUCAUGGCAACCACCGAAUCUCGGGCCAUGUAGUAGAAAUGGUAAUUGUUGGACGGUGUCAGGCCGUAAUUGGUGUAUCUCAUGGACAGACCAAGUAAGUAAUAUGUAUCGCUCUGGAACGGUAGUUAUACUGACGUGUAAUCCUGGCUUUACGAUAUCCGGAUCAAGGACUGCAGUUUGCAACAACGGGCGUUGGAUGCCAUGGCCGGGCAUUGGUUUUUGUAAACGAUCCGCUGAAACGCUCGAUGAAGUAUCAUCGUCGUCACCUUCGCAUAUGUUCGGCAAAUCAACUCACUUUGUGAAUGAUAAAAACGUUAUAACAUUCUGUACGUCACAACAAAAUCCAUCAAAUGGAUAUAUUCAUUACGAUAAUUCACCAACGGUUGGUUCAUACCCAAUGGGCACUAUUGCCGAACUACGCUGUGACGAUGGUUAUACGGUAAGUGGAACACCAUUAUCGGUGUGUCACGACAGCGUCUGGAAUCCAGACUUGGGACAAUGUCAAACAAAAGACGACAUACGUGAAUUCUCAGGACCUGGAAAUUGUAUGAAAUUCCCAGAGCAACCUAAUGGAAAGGUGUACUACAUUCAAGCCGGUUCGGAGAACGAAUACGAGUUGGGUACAACGGCAAUCCUAAUAUGUAAUAAUGAAUUUGUGGUGAAAGGACAGAAUACACUGACAUGUACUAAGUCAGGAUGGACACCACAUGAUGGUUUUGGAUUUUGUAAAUUAGAUGACAGUUUUCAUUAA